UAGAAUAACCGGUGGGCCAGAAGCUGAGUGGGAACCAAAUAGUAAUCACGAGGGAAAAGCAUACAUAAACUUUUGACAUAAUAAAACUGAGUAGUUUACAAUUUUGAAGAUCUCUUUAAAACACCAAUAUUUAGAUAUAAUCGCAUCCUAUCAGGGGGGGCAGAAACUUUUAUCAGCCAAGAGAUGGAUCAUAAUUUUGUGGCUAUUCAGCACAUCCACCGCAUUAACUCAUUUUUCCACGUGAAUUUAGCAAAAAUUAACCUUAUGAUUUUUAAAACCAUUGAUAUCUUUAUUGCAUUUUAUUUAUCUAUGUUUUCAGUAGUGAUUACAAUGUUGUCGAUAUGGUAUUGUGUAAUAUGUAGUUUUGACAUUCUGACAACUAUUACCCAUAAUCCUCAAUCAAGUUUUACCUUGAAAGGUGCGAAAAUAAGCAGGCAUAUUCUCCUAAUGGUCCUCUAAGAAAAGUUAUCCAUGAGAUGGGUGGACUAUUAAUUCAUGGCUUGCCAACUUCCACAACUCCACCCAAGAGGCCACCUUUUGUUUUGAGAUAACGAAUCUAAAAACUUAUUAGGUCACCACCAACCAAUUGUCUCGUGUAGGAUCUCAGCACAAAGUUGAUGAUAGCUCAGAUAUUUGGGAGUGAGAUGAAGUAAAACUAUCAAAGUUAGGAACGAUGGGCAUCAGGCACAAGAGUCAUGAUAGAAUAAAGUAACCAGAGUUUGGUUGCUCGCAUGGAUUUGAUGGGGUACCAGGGGCAACAUAGGAACAAUUCUGGGAUCAACUCCUUUUUUCAAUGGUUCUCUCCAUCAUCAACCAAAAAUAAAUAAAGUCUCACCUUUGCAUAUGAAAACCUUGAUCACUCACCUAAAGAGCUUACCUCAUAAGCAUGCCUAACAAUACCCAGCCAAGGCCCACAACCACUAAAACGGGGCCGUAUGGACUGUAUGGAAUAUAAUUCACUCUCUUGAGAUCCACAAGAGGAGUAUUCUAAUAGAUUAGGUUCCACCAAUGAAAGUCCCUUCUCCAGUCAUCCAAGAACCAAGUGUCACUAGCAGGGAAUAAAAAGGUUGCAUGGUUCUCCCAGGAGAUACUUGUUACUCAAGUGGAGUUGAUUAGUGGAAGUCAUAUGCAACAGGUUCCAAUCACUACAGAACCCAAACACUAAGAGGAAUACACUAUGUUUUGUGCGUUCUCCAGCAUAUUUUUGUCAGCUCUAAAAGCCUAUUUAACCUUGUACGAUUUAAAAUGAAUAGGCCAGUAAGUGGAACUCCAACUAAACUAAAAGAUGCUAAUGGUAAAAGCAGACCAUCUGAUGCCUGUCUCAACAAAUACAGUCAUGCACUGAUGAUUUACCUGUCCAUUAUACUUCCAAAGGAGUUUAUUAUUCUAGUUGUGACCAUUAUAAAUAGUCCUUGCAUAAUGCAAACCAAUGUCAUGCGACAUUGGCAGAAUCAUCUCUCUCGCUGGCUCUCAGAACCUUUUCAUCUCCAACACAAGCGUCCUCCAAACCUAUUCUUCUUCUUUUUUUAAAAAAAAUGGGAGACACCAUGCAUGUGGUAGUAGGAAUAAUGGGGAAUGCAGCUUCUCUGCUCCUUUAUGCAGCACCCAUAUUAACUUUUCAGAGGGUAAUAAGGAAGAGGAGCACAGAAGAGUUUUCAUGCAUCCCAUACAUCACUGCUUUGCUGAAUUGCCUUUUAUAUACUUGGUAUGGUCUGCCGAUAGUAAGCCGUGGAUGGGAGAACUUUCCUGUCAUCACCAUUAAUGGAUUAGGGAUACUACUUGAAACCUCAUUCAUAUUCAUAUAUAGAUGGUUUGCAGUGCCAGAACAAAAGAAAUUUGUUUCUUUGAUGGUGAUGCCAGUGAUAGUAUUAUUCACUACGACUGCACUUGUCUCAAGCUUUGUGUUACAGAAUCACCACCAUCGAAAAGUGUUUGUUGGAAGCAUUGGAUUAGUGGCCUCCAUAUUCAUGUAUGGUUCUCCACUAGUAGCAAUGAAGCAAGUCAUAAAGACCAAAAGCGUGGAGUUCAUGCCCUUCUACCUAUCAUUCUUCUCCUUCCUUUCCAGUUGUCUAUGGAUGACAUAUGGAUUGUUAGGACAGGAUUUUUUACUUGCGGCACCUAAUCUCUUGGGCAGCCCGAUUGGCCUCCUUCAACUGGUACUAUAUGGCAUGUACAGAAAAAGCAAUAAAGCUCCCACAGAAGCAAACAAAAAGGAUUUGGAAAAGGAUGGAGCAAAAUUUACAACGCAACAACAAGAGGUUAAUGAAAAAAAAAUUGACAAUUGAAAAAAGAACUUACAUCCUUUUUCCACCUAAAUAUGCAUGGUCCUGUGUAACGUAUAGCACAUUAGAACAAAUAACAUGAGCUAGAUGGAUAUGGCUAUGGCACCUCAAAAUAAAUCUUAAUAACAUUUACAAGUGUUUUGCUGUUCUUUCACUA